AUGUGGUUCUUGGAACACGAGAGCCUCUUCGGAGGCAAGCGCGUCUGGCUCCGCCCCGGAUCUCAGCAACUAUUCGGUCGCACCAAGUCCGACGACAAGGAUGGCCCGCGAGGAACGAAUUGGAAGAUCGAUAAUAAGGCCGUCUCACGCAAGCAUGUUAUGCUAAAGGUUUACGACGCAGCACCAGAGGACGGUACAAAGCUUCACAAAAGAUCGCAAAUUGAGGUGACCGACCUGAGUUGCAGGCAAGGGAUUACAAUCGAUGAUAGGACGACGCUGAAGAGCCAGAAAGCAGCUGAUGGGUCGAUAGAGUACAGUCGCGAGACUUUGAAGGGAACCGAACAUACCAUCAGAUUGGCUGCUAGCUAUGCGCCGUUCAAGAUUGUCUGGCGCCCAAUUGUCUUCACAUAUGCUUCGAAAGAGUCCAAAGAGAGCAAAUCUAGAAGUGUGCAGUUACAGACCCUGGACAUCAAGACUACGGCUGAUUUCGUAUUCGAUAAAACCACUCAUGUCGUAUCCGCGAAACGGAACCUCCCCAAAGUCCUCUCGGGUCUGACUUCCGCCAAACACAUCGUCACUACAGAAUAUCUCGAUGCAGUUCUCAGAGUGGCAGCGCCAUCGGUCGACGAAGAGGACAACUAUCUGCCUUCGAAGCUUGAAGAGGAUUUUGACGCAUGGUGGCCGGCAGAGAAGGACUAUAUACCAGCAGCGGGCGCAGAACCAAUUGCCCGGCCACAGGAGAUGCUGCUACCUGAUUCCUCGCGGUCAGAGGUCUUCUCUGGACUCACCUUUAUAUUUCUGAACGAAGGCCAAUACAGCAGUUUGCUUGAUCCCGUCACAGGUGGAGGCGGGAAGGCACUGCUAUACGAUGUACGACCAGGCGAGACAACGGUUGAGGAGUACGUCGAUUACGUUCACAGCGUAGCAGGUAAGAAGCGGCGCGGCAAACCUGGCGAUAAGCUUCCCGUCAUAACGGUCCGCUUACCAGCGUACCCUGACGAAAUGGAAGAAUGGGCCACAAAUUUUGUUACUGGGGUCGAUCAGGCACUUGGCCAGCGCUCAGUCUUACAAAACGAGUUUCUCGACGUAAUCAUCACUAAAGACCGCGCUACAAUACAAAGGCCGCCCGCAGAAGUGAAUACCCCUGCACCUGCACCAGAAGUUGUGACCAUUCGAAGUUCUAUGCGACAACCAACACCAAUGUCUGAAUCCAGAGCACCAUCACAGGCUCCUGAGGAGAGUACACCUCCGCCAGAAGAGCCUGCGAAGACCAUCCCACGGAAGCGCAUACAUAGGCCAAAAACGAGCCGCUUCACCGGCUUCGAUGAUGAUGCGCCCAUUCCCAAGAAGAAACUGAAGAUUGAGAACACACAUAUGGAAGAUGUCCAGCAGUCUGAAUCACUGCCAGGGGCAUCAAAGGCAGCUUCGCAAGCACGCACUGCAGUAGACACACAACGUCAGGCAUCUCCGCAGUCACAUGUACAAAACACGAUCGAGAAAGAAGAGCAGAUGGAUACCCUGUUUCCUACUGCCGCCAAGAUGAGAAAACAAAGAGCGGCUACCCGCGCACCAUCAGCAUCGGUCGAGCCUGAAGAAGGGGGCCCUGUAAAGAAACCAACUAAAAGAGGUGCGGAGACUCUGGCACGACUCAAUAGGGCAGAGAAGAAAGCUGAAAAGGACAUCAACAUCCGUGAGCAUACGCGCCAGCGCAUCAAAGAGGAGGAGGAACGUCGCAAAGCAGACGAAGAGAGUCUGCGGGAAGCGCUCGAAGGUAUCGAUAUUACAGAGCUCAAGAACCUGGCCAAAGUAGAGGAGAUGGACGUUCUACCCCGACAAAACAGAGGUACCACGCGCAACCAAAACCAGACUAACAAUGAGCGCUGGAACACUGAAUGGAAUGGCCGCAAGAAUUUCAAGAAGUUCCGUCGCCGCGGUGCAGAACAAGGCGUCCACAGCCAAAAAGUCCUCGUCACGCUUGAAGAAGCACCAUCCAAGAAAGCCCAUGGCAUCACUGACGCUUUCUUCCUCGAAGACCCCGAACCCUCUGCACGCUCACACAAUAGCCGACGCGGUCGUAACACUGCACCCGACUCCUCUUCUGAGCCAGAAGUCGGUGGCUUCACUCGUCGGAAACGAACCACGCAGUCCCAGACGCAACAGCAAGAAGUCAUCAACGUCGAGGACAGCGGACCAGACGAUGAAGAGGAAGUUCCCGAACAGCGGACGCAGAGGAGUAGUGGGCGGACGCAGAGAGUUGUGGAAACGCAGCUUGAAGGGACGCAGACACAGAGAGGGAAGAAGAGGGGGUCUGGAGCUGUUAGUAGUGGGCAACCUGCUAGUAAGAAAGGGAGGUUUGGGAGGAGAGAUGAUGAUAGUGAUGAUGAGGAGACGGGGUUUAGAUUCAAGCGGAGGGCCUGA